AAUUUUGACGAAGCACUCAGUUUUUCAUGAAAAAAUUCCAAUAAUAAACUUGAAUAAAAAUUAAAUAAAAAAAUAAAAAAUUCAAUCUCGUAUCCGGGUCUUGUUGUUCGAAUCCGAAAAACAGUGAUAAAAAUAAUUGACCCCUUCCUUCCCUUCUACUCCCACGUUCUAAUUUUACAAAAGGUGAUUAAAAUAAAACCGAAGUAAUUUAAUUCGAAUUGAUUUAAAUAUCGUCAAAUAAUUCUCAUUAAAUAACUCAACUACCAUUAAAAUCUGUUUGAUUUCCACCAGUCCAACUGUAUCUCCAAAAUCACAGGCUUUCGUCGAAUAAUUCGCAGUAAAAAUGGCUGCACCACCGGUCGACAACGCGGUAACGAAUAUAAUCCAGCAACAAGUCUUAAAAGCGGCUCAAAUUAUCGAAGAACGACUAGACGAAGAAAUCAAGCAGUUGGACGAUCUGAAAUGCGACGAUAUCGAAAAGCUACGUGAAAGACGUCUCUUACAGUUGAAAAAAGAAGCUAAAAAGCGACAAGAAUUCUUAGCCAAGGGGCACGGCGAAUACGACGAAUUAGGAGAAGAGAAACAAUUCUUCGACGUUAUUAAGAAAUCGUCGAACGUUGUGAUUCAUUUUUAUAGAAAUUGUACUCCUCGUUGCAAAAUAGUCGAUCAUCAUUUAAAAGCGUUGGCUAAACGACACGUCGAGACGAGAUUCUGUAAAGUAUUGGCCGAUAGAUGCAUGUUUUUGGCAGAGCAUUUGAAAAUACGCGUCAUUCCAACAAUAGCGUUGAUCAAAGAUAGUAUUGCCAAAGAUUACAUCGUUGGGUUUACAGAAUUGGGAAAUUGCGACGAUUUCUCUACCGAUAUUUUAGAAUGGCGUAUUGCCAGAUGCGGUGUUAUCGAUUACGAUGGUGAUUUAUCACAUCCUCCUGACAAAAAGAAGAACACAGCGUCCAAAAGUGCUAGUAUACAUCAUAAGAAUCCGGCUCAUUGGAAUGAUACUGGAUCUGACUUGGAUGACGAUUAAGUAUCGGUUAAUUGCUAUUGAAAUAUUGUUUUGUUUUUCGUUUUUUUUUUUUUUUUUACAAAUUGAUCGCACCGUAAUAUUUAUUAACUUCGAAAUAACCUUGAAUAAAUUUCUGUUGCAUGUCACCAUUCCAAAAAAUUUCAUGAUAAUUCGUGUUACUAAUUAGCGUAAUUUUUACCCUUUUUUUAUUUAUUUUUUGUACACGGUAAAUUAUUUUAUAAAAUACAAAAUUAUUAAAAAUUGCGGAUGUUAUUUUUUGUAUUUCGAUUCGAGCACUACUACGUCGUCUUCUUCGCUAUCGCCGCUCAAAUCUGUGAAGUAAAAAGUAUUGGUAGAGAUGUGUAUUUUUUUAAAACUAAGGUCGAGAAUUUUGCAAACGUACUUAUUUCUGCGAUACUUUCUGAUGGUUUGAUUUCCCUGAUUAUUUCGACAUCGUCGUCGUCUCCAUCCUCACUGGAAUCUUCAUCUUCAUCAUCAUCAUCGUCAUCGUCAUCUUCGCUCUCUUCAUCAUCGUCCUCUUCCUCUUCCUCUUCUACACUCGCUUCAGAAUCAGCUUCUUCUUUCUGAUAAAGUAAUAAACGAAAUUUGAAAUUGAUACGAAACAGAUUAGAUUAGUGACGUUGUGUGUUUAUUUACCUUUACAAGUUCAGCCGUUCUACUUCCAAUAUUCAUAAUAACAUAUUCAGCAUCACGAGUGCCUUCGACCUCUGAUUCAUCGUCACUUUCGGCGCUAUCGAGUUCCAUUUCCAUUUUAAUAUCUCGUGUUUCGGGCAUUUCAUGAGGCUCUGCUUUAACGGUAUCUGGUUUUAGAGGUAUUUUCAAAUUUUCUUGAAUCGUCGAAAGUAUAUGAUCCAAGUUGAGAGAUUCCGUUAACCCUGAUACAGAUUUCUGCUCAGAUCUGCGAUAAACAUGGGAAUUGGAUUGAGUUAGUAAACGAAACGAUGCAGGAUUAUGAUACUCUGAACGAACCUUUUCUUUAGAUCAUCGGCUAAAGCAUCUUUGAUUUUUUUAACCAACCAAAUAGCUACAUCGGAGGCUUCUCUGGAACAUUUAAUGACUACAUCGCAGGAGGGUAAUGGAGCGCCUUCGAAAUGCAUACCACAGAAUUCUCGAUAACUGUUGACGCUGAGUAGAAGUAAUGAAUCGGCUACUCGUUCCUCCAAAUAAGUUGGAUCGCUUAGAAUAUAUUUGCUUUAAAAGAAAUGAAAUUAAUUAGUGUCUGAAGUCAUCAGUCAGUUGAGAUCUAAUGCUCGAAAAUCGCACUACUCUUACCCAUUAUUAAACAAAGCGUACGAUACGAUAACAGGAUAAUGAUGUAAAUUAAUAGGUAUGGGAGCUUUCUCCGAAUGCGAAUGAACAAUGACUUUUUCUCCAGUCGAAGUAACGUCCGGAUGUCUAAAAUGUGCCAGGGAGGCUAAAGCAGCUAUAGAACAACAUCCGGCCAAGUUACCUUCGUAAUUCAUUACAUUUAAAUCAAUUCUAAUAUUCCAAGCCUGAAAGAAACAUUCUCAGUGAAUAAUUAUUCGUCACCCUGAAAUUAAAAUCACGUCGCAUUUACUUUUUCUUCAGCUACGAUACAUAGAGCUUCGAGAUCAACGCAUUUCGAUUCUUUUAAGCAUUUCUCUAGAAGUCUAUUCACUUGGACACUGAUAUCGGAUUGACGACCUUGUUCGUAGUGUAAAGCUGCCAUACUCAUUUCUACGGUCACAUGAAGCAAUCCUUCGUUCGGUUUGGAUGCUUUGGGUUGUUGAAUAUCGCAAGAUACUUGAGCCAGGACCCUGUAAAGUAUGCAUUUGAGAUACGUUCGACUUUGGUGUGAUAAUUACGAUGAUAAUAGGUUACCUUGUUUCGCCAAUGGUAACCAGACAAUUUCCCCAUUCUCGACCGUAAUGGAUCGAGAUGUCUCUGUAAUCUUUGAAGUCUCGACCAUCUAAUCUCUGAAAAAAUACAAUUAUCAGAAUAUUUAUAACGAUGUGCCGGUAUCGAUAGUAUUACUGAUUAGUGAAUCUUACCAAGUUUUCAUCGAGAGCAUUCACGAGGAAUGUUUUUUCACAAGUCGAUAGUAUAGUUUCCUUCAUUGUAGCGUUGAGUAUCUUCUUUUACUUCAUAUUUAAUUAAUUAAUCGCAAAUUACUCGGUUUUAAUUUUUUAAAAUAACGCAAAACGCAUGUUGUUGAAAACUUUGGAACGAAACUUCCAGUUUUCAACUCUGUGAGAUUCACUCACAGCAGUGAACGAACGAUUCAUUUGACGCUCGAUCAUUUCGUUCGUCAAAUCGCAAAUUCGUAAUUACUGGUAAUUUACCCACUACUCCUCCGGUCCAGAAAUUGAUGGAGAUGGAACUUUUAGCGUAAGGAGCUGGACGGCUGGACCAAAUGCUCAGCCGCUCAGUUGAACUUGACUCUGUUCUGUUUUACUAUUCAUUUGUUAAACAUCUCCGAACUUCGAGCGCGAUUAAGCGAUUAUUAUAUAUUUUCAAAUAUUGUCAAAUUGUCAAUUUAAACUUUCGAAUUCGAUCCAACUUUCAAAGUUGCCUAUUUCUUGUACGCGACUACCUACGCGAUUAUAAUUUCGUCGAAAAUUCUCGCGAUUAAAUUCUACGAUGGCCGACGAUAAUUUUGAAGAAGAUUCCAAUCUCGGAAGUGACCAAAGCGGUCCUAAUUCGCCACAGCAACACGAUCAAGCAGGAAAUCCCCAUGAAUUGGAGGAGGUCGUCGUCAGAAAUGAUGAGAUUAUAAUACGACUAAAAGACGUGGUUCCCCGACGAGCAGACAACUUCUGAAACGUUUACUUUCAUAUAAUUAUUAAUUACUCGAUUUAUCAUAUUCUCACUUUAUUCUGUUUGAAUUAUUAUCGAACGUAUUAUUUUUUAUUAUGCACAAUAUUAUAUUUUGUAUUCGCAUACCUACUUAUUCUUAUUUUUAAUAAACGUGUAUUUGUACGUG